AUGCCAGCGGUGACGGUGGAGCCGCCCUCAGUAGCGCUAUCGUUUGCCAACAACUUCUGGGGUAAGGAUGACGCUGGAGUCCAGCCCCUUCUCGAGCGCAUGCACAAUGCGAAGCAGACAUCCGACGAGCUAAAAGCGUUCUACACCGCACGAGCAUCGAUCGAGGAUGACUUCGCGCGGAAGCUACUAUCACUAUGCCGGAAGCCCAUAGGCUCGCAGGAGACGGGAACCUUGAAGGCCUCCCUUGACACAGUCCGUGGAGAGGUCGAGGCAAUGGCGCGCCAGCACCAGAGCAUAGCGGCACAGAUGAAGACAGAACUGGAAGAGCCUCUAGCAGCCUUCGCCGGAAGCAUGAAGGAACGGCGCAAGAUUGUGCAGAACGGCAUCGAGAAGUUGUUGAAAGUCAAAAUCCAGCAAACCCAGCAAGUGAACAAGACACGAGACAAAUACGAACAAGAAUGCCUGAAAAUCAAAGGAUACCUAGCCCAAGGCCACAUGGUUAUGGGCCAAGAAGAGCGGAAGAACAAGGCGAAACUCGAAAAGACCCAGAUCAGCCUAGCGACGUCGAACACCGAAUACGAAAACGCCAUCAAAGCCUUGGAGGAGACCACCGCACGAUGGAACAGAGAGUGGAAAGCGGCAGCGGAUAAGUUCCAAGACCUAGAAGAGGAGAGGCUUGACUUUACCAAGAGCAGUCUCUGGGCCUUUGCCAACAUCGCUUCGACGGUCUGCGUCAGUGACGAUGCCUCAUGUGAGAAAAUCCGGUUGUCUUUGGAGAAGAUGGAUGUUGAGAAGGACAUCUACUCCUUCAUUACGGGCCGCGGUACCGGCCAGGAGAUUCCUGACCCGCCCAAGUAUAUCAACUUUUGCCGCGGAGAUGUUAACGACACUCCCUCUGAAGCAUCUGAGGAUGAAAACUACUCUGUGGCUCAAUUCCCCAGAAGCAUUAACCCAGCCUUCCGAACCUCCUCUCCCCAGCCUUCCCUCUUCGAAUCACAUCAUGAUCCGAAGACCUCUCUCGCGUACGACAUGGGACUGGGUAAUCCGGGAACGCCAGCAAGCCGUGAAGUAACCGUCACCCCUCAAAAGAAGAUGUCGACCCCUCAAAGAGCAUCGGUGAGCGUCGAGAGGGAACCAGAACGACAGCUGGAGAUGCAGCCAGAGAGGCAGAUCGAGAGACAGGCCGAACGGCAAAUGGAAAGGCAAGCCGAUAGACAAAUCGAGAGGCAACCGGAGAGGCAAAUCGAACGGCAAUCUGAAAGGCAAAUCGAAAGGCAGCCCGAGAGGCAGGUCGAAAGACAGGUCGAGAGGCCUGCGGAAAGACAGAUUGAGAGACAGCCUGACCGACAUCGCCAAGAUAUGUUCCAGGCACCGUCCCAAACCCGCCCACAUGGUAUCGACAUCUCGCAGUACGGGUCUGUUUCGUCGGUUCCUCAUGACCCUUAUCCUAUGGAUGGCAUGACGAUGCUCUGCCGACCCGGAGGAACUUCCUCUGAGAUCAGCUCGGCCCCAUCACAUAGACCUUCAAGCCGCGAUUCGCGUAGUGACUACUCGAACCCGACAUCCUUUACGAGCCAGGACCCUCCUAGCGGCAAGGUGUCUCCCGUGAAGCAAGAUCCGGCCCCUGCCCAGAGUCCGGAGAAGGACAAGAGAGUGCUCAAGAAGAAGAGCGGUUUCUUCCAGAACCAUAGCCCAUUUAGGCGAAAGAGCACCAAGGAGGUUCAGGCGCCCAAUCCUAACAGGAACACAUGGCACCCGUCUAACAACCAGAGUGCUGCUGCUCCUCGCCGACCUCAGCUGUAUCAGCAUGAAUCAAUGGGCCAUCCCCAAGAGAAGACGCUUUCUCCCGAGCCCAUUGACGCCAAUGCAAGCCUCGCCCUAGGCGUUGGACCCAAUGUCCUUCCGGUUGCGGGACUAUCCCCCACGAAGCCGAACAACAACUCCGCCAACAACAACGCGGCUCAGAACCCUCCAGAAGAUGACCCGAUUGCCCUUGCCUUGGCUGAGCUUAAGGGAGUAACCAAGCAGUCGUCGGUGAGGGUUUCAGCGGACUACUAUCACGGAAUCUCCACCCCAGUACCCGGAGCCCAGCCCAGGCUGGGCAACACAGCUUUGGCAGCAGCCAUGCGUGGCACCCCACCUCCAUCUUAUGACCAACAAGUCCAGCGUCUCGGUGUGCCUCCUUCGGCGCAUACCGCUAGGGCAAUGAAAGAGACCUCGGAAAAGUUUGUCGGGCAAACGAGGAACAUGUUCGGUGGAUCCGGCGGAUCCGGCGGCUAUGGAACGUCUCCUGUUACUCGACAAGCCACGAGAGGAGGUGAGGUCCCAAGGGCUGUGUCGCCCGCGCCUCCGCGAAGUGCGUCGCCACUCCCGAGCAGCCAAGACAGCUACAACAGGAACUAUCGCCCGGUCUCACCUAACCCUAGCCGUGCUGGGAGCUACGACUCGUACAGUAGGAACCAUCGACCAGUUUCUCCCAACCCUAGUCGCAGCAGCACGCAGGACCUGUAUCAGAGGAACUAUCGGCCAGUCUCUCCCAAUCCAAAUGCCGGGGCUCAGCGAGCGCCAUCCCAGAUGAGCAUGACGCCGAAGAGAGGCUCAGAGCAAGGCUACUACCGCCACAACUCGCCGAUGGACAAUGCUAGAUCGGCAUCUCCAGCGACGUACUCCAAUUAUGAUCGCCCGUCCAGCAGCCACACGAUGAAUGAUAUGGCAGUGCAGUUGGCACCUGUCAACGAUGAUGGAUAUGGCUCCCAGCGGGGUAGGUACGGGUCCCGUCCCGGAACGAGUUCCAGCUCUAGAGCCGUUGGUCUCUAUGAAGGUCCGGGCGCGAUUCAGGCGGGUAGUCGACAACGCAGCAAGAGUGUUGCCGACCCGAAUAGGCAGUAUACCAGAGAUGGCCGUCCCAUUAUGCAUUUCGCACGGGCCCUGUAUAUGUACCAGGCCGCGAUUCCAGAAGAGCUUGGGUUUGCCAAGGGUGACAUUCUCGCCGUCCUCCGGCACCAAGACGAUGGAUGGUGGGAAGCCGAGGUGCUCAAGGAAGUUCGCGAUGCAAUCACGUCCAAGACUACCAGGCGCGUGCUGCUGAAUUUUACGUUACUCGCCGGGAGUUCCUUGGCUCUUCUGUUCCUCUCCAUAUUAUCGACGGCCGUCUUCUUUGCCAAGUAUGUGCCCGACAAGUCUCUGACCUGGCCAGUCUACCUCCAGUAUGGAAUUGGUGCGCACCCUUUCGGGCUCACGGCCGUCUCCCGGCCUUUGCCCAAGACACAGCAAGGCUAUGACGUUUCCGUCAGCCUAACCCUGCCCAAAUCCGUGCCAAACGCGCAACACGGCAACUUUAUGGUCGUGCUACAUCUCCUGGAUUCCAAUCCUCCCAGUCAUGGCAUCCAGUACCCAGAGACGGGAAUGAGUCUCGUGGAUCCAGAAACCGUCAUCCUCUCUAGUCGCCGACCCGCGCUGGUGCCACAGGUGGACCCAGCAGUCGGCCUGGUCAAACGCCUCCUUUUGCUGCCUUAUCACCUGCUGGUGCCUAGCAGCCAAUACUACGUGAUGACGGUACAACUGGCCGAAGGGGUCACCUUCCCUCGGGAAUCAAAGAUACCCAAGUCGAUAUACGUUGAAGUCCAGGCUGGCCAGCAGAUGCAAACGUACGAAGCGUCUGUGACACUCACGGCGAAACUUCGUGGCCUACGGUGGAUCCUGCACAACUAUAGGCUACCGGCAUUCAUUACACUUACGUUGGGAUUCUGGAGCGUGGAGAUGUUAUUCGCUGCGGUAGCCUUAUUCCUUAUAGGUCUAGCUAUGGGAUCGCCGGAAAAGUCUACGGACACCAUAGAAGGCAAUGAGCCGGGGCCUCACCCCGAGGACAAGAAAAGCUUAGAGCCCAGCUCUGGUGCUGGCACGAGUGCCGCUAAGAGUAGCGCAUUGAGUACCCCAAAACAAGCUCACGACUCAGGCGAGAUAAGCAGGGCGAGGGAUCUUCGACGCCGUCGUCUCAAGGCAGAGGCUGAAGAGGAAGAUGAGCCAACCAAGCCAUUGAGAGAAGAGGAAACAUCGCAAGAAGCCAGAAUCAAACGGGAGGCACGGGAGACCGAGGAGCUACUCAGGUCGUUGGGCGAAGAUACCAACGAUGAGGUAAAGAUAAAGACCGAGGAUUACUCGGACAGUUAG